AUGGCUCUGGUUCAAAUGCCCGACAAAGUCCUUCAACAGGUUGUUAAGAAUUGUGAGUUGACGGAAAUUCAAUCCCUUCGAAAAGUUUGCCACAAAUUUCGCAACAUUAUUGAAGAUUUCAAACCGAACUAUCUUUUGAGAAGACUCGAUAUCGAUUUGAGAGAAAACGAAGUGCUUUUGGAUAUCUACACUAAUGCGAAGAACACGAGAUGGCUACGAUUUCUUUAUGAAAAACAAUCGAAUGGAUGCCUUAUCACUUCUUUUGCUAAAUUUGUGGAGAAAGGAGAAAAACUUGUGAAAAAUGCGGAGUUUUUGAAUGUUUUCUUUGAAGAUUUGAAGCAUAUUUUGAUGAGUCAGACGACGAGCUUGGAGAGUUUUCAUAUCGGAUUCACUUAUAAUGAUGAUGAUUUGAGUGGUCAGAUUUGCAAGUCAAUGGAAGAGAAUGAAGCUCGUUUUUUGUUUAACAUUCAGAAAAUUUUAAAUGAUAGACGUCACCCUCUACUUAUCGAAGAUUUCGCAAUGACAAUGAUCAACCAAAACCAAGUGAUGCAUGUUCUACCUUUUGUUGAUCCCAAGGAACUUCGAAGAAUCACUUUCCAGCAUUCUCAUCAUCGUGAUUGUUUGAAGGUCUUCGAAAUGACCGAUAUCGUUAUAACUGAACAAUGGAAAGGAGCUAAAGAAAUCGCAAUCAGAGAUUUUUUGGUGGAUAUUCCAAAGAAACAUUUUGAACAUUUCAAGGACAAAGAGGUCAACCAUGUCUCGGAACUUCGGAAUGCUCACCUUCUUUGA